CCGAACAACGGGAGCUCACCCCGUCACGGGGAUUCGAACCACCGACCUUUUGAUCGGCAAGCCCAAGAGGCUCUGUGGUUUAGACCACAGCGCCACCCGCGUCCCUUAAAAGGGUAUAGGACGUUAAUAAAAGACAGGGUGGUGCUGGAUGUGGGGGGGGCAGCAUGUGUCCCCCAAACAAGGAGCUUGCCCCCCAACACCCACCCCUCCUAAUUGCUGUACUCCUGUUAUUUCAGAGAUUGUGUAGGGCACAACUCUGUCAGCUAGAAAUAUAUGUUGCUCUUUCUGUGACCCCCCCCCCAAAAAAAACUUUCUUCUUCUUUUGGUGCCACCACCAUCCUGCCCCCAAACACUUUGCAGCACAGAGGUCCCCAUACAGUCCUAACCCAUAGCCAGAAGUAAGCCUGCUGAAUUCAAUAGGAUUUACUCUGAGUAGAUGUGGUUAGACUUGGGGGGGGGGGGGAUAAUUCCCUUGACAUUUACUUUCCAGCUACCCAUAGAUGUGAUUUACUACCUUCUCACUUCUCUUCACUUCUCCCUCUUCAGUCCACAUCAGUCCACUUCCCCACCUGCAUCCACUUCCAGGACGUAUCCUUAAACUCAUUUAAUACUACUUUAUUGACCAUCACCCUGAAACCCUUUGUUGAACUCACAAGUGAACAAAAUAAUAAUCUCCACUCUCUGAAUACAAUCCAUUUUAUGUUGCACUGCAAAGGACAAGUGCAGUUAUACUUUUGGAAUCAUAGGAUUGGCACUUAGGUCUGUUUUUCAGCAUGAGUGGUAGUUUUAAUUUCAGGUUCCUAACUGUCCUCAGGCCAUAUAACCUUCCCUAAUAAGCUUUCCUGGCUACUUCAUUUUGUCUUGUAAUGAAGUCUGUGGGCAGCAUUGAGGGUGUGGGGAACAGCUGCUGGCUACAAGGACCUACUGCUGCAGUGAUGCUCAAUUCAAGGCAAGAUGGUCAGUACGGUACUGUAGUUUGUUUUGUUUGACUUUGAUACAGUAGCAGCAUGUUCCUCAGGGCUGCACAUAGUGCAUGGACCUAAAGGUUUUGGAGGAAAGUUGAAAGACAUAAAGUUCAAAUUUAAUUGGAAGAAUCCCACUCCAUACUUACAGGGGAAGUAACCCCAUGGUGACAAAUAUAAAAUGUCAUGAAUAAUAAAAAUGGAGUUGGCCAGAUAUUAAAUAUUAUGCCAUAUGCCACAUUUUUUACUGCAGAGUAAAAAACCUAAAUCAUGGUUUUUUGUGCAAAUUAAGGUAGAUUUUAAAAUAAUAAUAAACAAAUCUAGGUCAAACUACACUUUAUUAUGAAAUAUUUUCAUGGGAAAACAGGGUGGGGGUUUUUUCGUUUUUUUCACCAGUAUGUUCAUAUAGGAUGCCACUCUAAAACAGAUAAUGUUGCAAAUCUUACACACAAUACAAAUUGCACUUAACAUAUACCAGAUGUUUGGGCAAGAAAGGAAUACUAAACCUCUGGCUAUUAGCCAAGUAAUUUAUUAGCAGAUAGUUUAGAAAACUAUUUGGCUUAACAUUUUGCAAGGGUCAAUGUAUAUAUUCACAAUACAUCAACACCAGAACAGUGUCAAAGUUUAACCAGUUAGGAGGUUAGAGGUCAUUUUUGUAGUAUAGUAAAAAGUAAAUAUCAGGAAAUUAGAAACUAAACAGUGAUGGCCAGAACAUGUGCAAUGUUUAAUAUUUUCUGCAACCUGCAAUCUGUCAAGUUUUAAUGUUUUUAAUAUGAAUGGAAAUAGAACUGCCUCUGUACCAUAUGCACCUUAAAACAUGGCUGAAGGAUAUUAUCCCACGACAUUUUCUUGCUGAAUACAGCUGGUUAAGGACCCUUUCUACAUAUAGCUGUUGCUUCAAAACUACACCUGCAUGGAAAUAUGAUGAAACCGAAAUUGAUGUUAGGGCCCUCCAGGUCUUCCCCUGGUGCCCAUCAAGCCUCUGAACCCCCUUUCCGUCAUCAGGUGAGGGUACUUAGCUCCCUUCUCCUUGAGAAGUACAUAAAGCUGAGAGGAAGUUGGAAGAGCUAUCCUCUUACUCAUUUCCUCUUUCAGCUCAAAGUACUUUUCAAGUGUGGCAGCUAAUCAGAAAGUAGGAAGGAAAGAGGAGAAGAGAGGAAGUGAACAGGGAGACUGGGCAGGGGGAAGAAAAAUGGGCUGACCAGAAAGCAGAAAGUGGGGUGCUGCAUGAAUCAGGAGAGGGAGAAUAGAGCAUCAGAGAGAAGGCCAUGUGAAAUCCAUGCCCUGAACCCCAGUGAAACUGAUCCUCUGGAAACUGCAUAUUUAAUGGGUCCCUGCACUCCCCAACCACAAUCACAUGAUAGGUUAUAUUUGUCUGAACUGUAAUACUGUACAAUAAUGGAGGCAUCUUAGUUUAUAUAUUUCCCAGUGAUCUUAUACGUGCGCGUAACAAAAUGAGUAGAAGAUGGAAUCGCAACUGUCUACCAUUUUCCAGCUCAACAUAAGUGCAGUAGCUUCCGAUGGGUGGGAAAACAAUUGGAGGCAUGGUUUUCAACAGAAAAUGGCUGGAGGGAAUAGGUUAAACAUCCCCUUCAGUGUUCCUCCACACCUAGACCUAGACAGUGUCAGUUUAUUGGUUUUCAUCCAUUACCACACCUGGGCACUGAUUUAAAAUGCCCACUGCCUCUUCUGGUUUUCAUGAAAGAUGAAGAUAGAACUUGUUGUCAUUUACCUCUUGACACUUCUCUUCCUUUAUCCAUAUUACCUCACCCAGGAGUUUCUUCAUGUAGAAGUUUAACAGCAUGGGGGAUAAGAGAGAACCUUGCAGAACGCCAAAGCACAAUCGCCAGAGGAUUGAGCAGAAGUCCCUCAGCACCACCUUCUGGAAUUGGCCAGCCAAGUAGGAGCAGGACCAUUCCAAAGCUGUGCCUCCAACACCUGACUCAGACAGCCUGUCUAGGAGGAUACCAGGGUCAGUGGUCUCAAAAGUCACUGAGAGGUCCACAAGAAUUAAAGAGCUGUACUCCUCCUGUCUCUUUUGUCUCAACAGAAGUCAUCCUGCAGGUGACCAAGAUGGUGUGUGCUAAAUUUGGUCUUUGGUGUUCACAAAAUAGUACAGUUGUAUUUCCCCUUUGCUGAAAAGGGACGUUCUUCUCUUUGGUUUGUAAAUCUAGCUGUGGUUUUUUGUUUUUGCGUGUUACAUGCUAAGUUGGCAAAUAUGGUAAAACAUAAGUCGGCCAAAAUUAAGUUUGAAAGCUCCUUUGGUUUCAAAGGGAGACAGUGAAGUGCAUGCUUAAUAUUUCACAAGUGUGUCUACUUUGCACUGGAUUGUUUUCCCAAAUAUCCCAAAGCAUCUCCAAAGGGUUAACAAUCUGGUUUGAGCGGACAAGAGAAGGGAAAACAGACUGGUCAAGAGAAGGACUUCCCUUCAUUUGCUUCUGCAUCACUUCCCCAUGGAAGCGAGGAUCGUUUCCCCCUCUUUCCAGGCAGGUAUGCUUUUAUUGACAGGCUAUAAAUAAACCUUCCAGUGUGUGAGAAAAAAGGGGGGAAGAAUAGCAACUCUCAGUGUGACUGUGUGUGUUCUAGUGGCAGGAUGUUUUUUAUGAUCCUGUUUCUUGUAAACACUGAUGCAGCUUUUGUAGCACAGAUGUGAAGGAGGCGGCUACUCAUUGUUCUAACACCUGCUGUCCUUUAAAAUGGACACUAUUUCCAUAAGCCAUUGAGAAAACACAGGCUAAGAAAUAUACUUUGCAGGCCAAACCUUGUGGAUAAUUUGGUAAAACCAUUGAGAAACUAGCACCUGCCCAGUUUUCAUUAUAUUUUAUUGGGAGAGGAAAGAGAUUUCCUCCAUCAUAAUAAUUAUACAGAACAAUGGUUUCAAUAUCCAAGGUGUCAGUGUGAGAAAAAUCCUAACAGCAUUUUUUAAAAAAUCGGCUGCAUUUAUAAAUGAAAGUCGAAGCUGUAAUUUGCAUAGCACUGUGAAUGUUUGAGGUGACUAGAAUUGCAUUGCAAAUCGCUAACAAGAUGUUUAUAACCAUGUAACAGUAUAUUAAUAGUGCUUUAACUCAGAAGGUAGCAUUCUCAGUUCUUUCACAGAGAAACUUCCAGAACCCUCUUGAAUUAAGGAGAAUAGGAAAGAUCUCUACACAUCAGAUCAAUACUUUCUGCACUAAGAAAUGCAAACUGACAGUGACCCAUGAGCCAACAGUUAGAAGACAUGUGAAGGCAGCCCUGUAAUGGGAAGUUUUUUAAAGUUUAACGUUUUGUUAUGUUGUUAAAUACAUAUGUUGGAAGCCGCCCAGGGUGGCUGGGGCAACCCAGUCAGAUGGGUGGGGUAUAAAUAGUAAUAUUAUUAUUAAGGAAUAGUAUUUCUCCCUAUUUUGAUUGGAGAAAUGUUGGAGGGUAUGUAUUGUGUGACUUGUAGACUCCUGAAAAGGGAAGUUGAAAACAAAUUGUGUGUUCAGCAACACUUCAGAUAACUUCAAUUAAAGAAGCAUG